AUGUCCGGAAGCGCAGGCUACGAUAGACAUAUUACCAUCUUCUCCGAUCAGGGUCGUUUGUAUCAAGUUGAAUAUGCGUUCAAGGCCAUCAGCGCGGCAAACAUUACCUCAAUUGGCGUGAGGGGGAAGGACUGCGCCGUUGUCAUCUCACAGAAGAAGGUUCCCGACCAACUCAUCGACCCAAGCUCCGUCUCACACAUCUACAAGAUCUCCUCCUCAGUGGGAUGUGUCAUGACUGGUUCGGUUGCAGACUCUCGGGCUUAUGUUGAGCGGGCUCGCGGCGAGGCUGCUCAAUUCAAGUACAAGCUUGGCUACGAGAUGCCCUGUGAUGUUUUGGCGAAGCGACUAGCCAAUAUCAACCAGGUUUACACACAACGGGCUUAUAUGCGACCACUCGGUGUGACCAUGACUUUGAUCUCCAUGGACGAUGAAAAAGGACCUAUGCUCUACAAGUGCGACCCUGCGGGUUACUUUGUCGGAUACAAGGCGACAUCAUCCGGUCCCAAGCAACAGGAGGCGCAGAACUACCUGGAGAAGAAGUUGAAGAACAAGGACGCCGCACCAGGAAACUGGGAGGAAGUAGUGGAAUUGGCGAUCACCGCGCUGAGCAAUGUGCUCAGCGUUGAUUUCAAGAAACAUGAAUUGGAAGUCGGCCUUGUGGGUGGUCCUCUUCAGGACAACGCUCACGGCAUCCCGAUGGGAUUCCGAUCUUUGACCGAAGACGAGAUCGACGAGCGGCUCCAGGCCAUUGCCGAGAAGGAUUAA